CAGCUCUACAGCAUCCCUCUCUUCUUCAGACCCUGCAUCAUCGCCAUGCUCUCUGGCUAUCACUACAUAUUUGGUGCUGCAACAGGAUAGCAAUGCUCAAGUAUACCUCUCUGAAGCACUUCGAAAAGUCAUGUUCAGGAUGGUGUGCCUUCGUUUCUGCCUGCCAAUCCUUCAAGUUGGUGGCUUCCACGCCCAUGUUUCACAAGACAAUUUCGUUGUCAUGACGUUCUGUCUCGUUGGAUCUAUACAACGCGCUUUUUGACGCGUGGAUGGCUUUCAUUUCGGAGAUUUCCAACGCAGCGAAAUCCAAAUCUGCCCAAACGGUAGCUAUAUCACAAUGCUGCUCGAGAGGUCUGCGCUUGCCUGAGAUCGGCCAUCGCGGCUUUUCCCUUCCUUCCGCCAGCUUCAAUUGUAAAUCACUCCGAGUCUGCCCCCCGUCUGCUUGAUUUGAGUUCUCUUGCAUUAUCACUGUUGCCAUGCUCUAUCGCUCAACUUUUGGAACGUCUUUCGGCUUUGGUCGUUUGGUCAUCCCGGUCGGGAUUUUGACCCUUGGCUUUCAUUUUCAAUUGCAUCGUUGCUGUCCCUAUCUAUUCCGACCUUGACUUUCCCUCCAUCGGUUAAACAUGGCUACCCAAGUGUUACCCUAUCUUGUUACGAGUCCGUUCAGCGGUCAUUUUCAGGCAAAUUCGAAUCUUCACGGCUCCGGCUCCGGUUGCUCUGGCGCGCCACCCAAUCCUUCUGCUUCAUUGAGGCCUUUCUUCAUCCACCAGGACUACCAGACAUCAUCAUCUUCUGUUCUGUCGAUCGCACCGACACCAAACAACGAGAAUUGGCACCCACAAGUAGCCAGCGCCGAGGUCAUCCCAUCAUCCCGCCUGGCGACUGCAUGUUUGCCAAAAACAUCGAGUAGACGAGCAGCUAAUCGAGAUGGACGUUUACAGAGCACUGGCUCGAGUGCAAAUCUCCCCUUCGAUUCUCCCAUCCCGUCGAAGUCCUCGGGUCUAAACUCGACGCCGAAAUUGUCUUCUACUGCAGUCAAGGCUCGCCGGCUGUUGAUUGAACUGCCCAAUGAAGAGAAAGGGACGGCAAGAUUGCAUACUCAGGCACGAUCACCGCUUUCGGUGCAGGACAGGGCUCUAACCGUACUGGCCGGGUCAACUCCGUUGGUGGUGGGAAAGAACCAAGACAGGAGAACGGAUCAGCCAGUGGACGGUAGACGGUCAUGCAGCAAUCAACUGGAAUACACAUCUCAGCAACAUUGCUACAAAGGUUUAGAACUCCCAAUCCACACUUCGGAAACCCUGCCGGAGGCUGUGGAGACCUUUCUACCUUGCCACAAACAGCGACAUUCCACUGCCUCAUCUGCUUUCGUGCAUACAAUGAAGACAGCAAGUUUGAGUAACGCUAGCUUUACCGUCGCUCCUUAUUCAUCACGCUUCGCCCGGUCGACCGACAGCUAUGGGAUGUUCGGCUCUCUCGGGCGCCUGUCGACCGAUAGUGACCGACCUGCCACCACCUCAUCGAUAGACGAAGCCGCGUUUCGGAGAGGCAUGAAACGAAGACAAAUCCUUGCCGAACUCAUGGCCACUGAAGAAAGCUAUGUCGCAGACCUGAAAGCUCUCAUCUAUCUUUACUCCACUCUGCUUGCCAGCACGGUGACGACGUCAAGUCGCCUACGGACGUCCAUUCUGCGGAACGUUCAUGACCUUCUCCACCUGCACGAAAGCCUUCUGGAACGAUUGCAUCAGGCUGCAUUCCAGGCUGCAGCACGCAAGUGGGCAGACACAGUUUCCUGCCGACACCUCGGGUCCCCCAGACAGCACAGACUUUGGCGAAGCUUGGGGUCCAAUGUUGCAGUCAGAUUUAGCCGAGACCAUCGGCAAACACGCAGCUCUGUCGACUCCUUGGAUGCGACCCGCAGUCGAGCGUAUCUGGGAUGUGCAGAUCCGGGCGAUGUCUCUGACAUUGCCGCUAUAUUCAAAGAGUUUUUAAAUGACUUCCUCGUAUAUGAGGAAUACUGCGCCAACCAUAGUCUAAUUGCUCAUGAGCUUCAGAGACAGGUGCCAACUAUGUGCUCAGGCUAUGAAGCAGGGAUCGAGUCCUUGGCCAGGUCCCUGACCGCCCUGGCGCGUAAGCACCAGAACGAGAAGAAGGGCCUCACGGUUGGGGAUCUAUUGAUCAAACCUAUACAACGUAUGACCAAGUAUCCCCUGCUUCUCGAUGAUCUGCUGAAGCAAACACCUGCUGCGGAUUGUCCCAGUGCUCACAGCGAAGUGCGAUCAACUCUGCUUUGUCUGAGGGAAGUGGUGCAAACCGUCAACCACGCGACGGACAAUUUUGAAGCACGGGCCCAAGUUCAACGGCGGUGGUCACUUCAGGCAAGGCUCGACUAUGGGAGGGUAACCUUGAAAGUCGAACAGUUCCGCGCCUUGGGCAAUAUUCGGCUUUGUGGCGUCUUGCACGUCACUUGGCAAACCCGCAGCAGAGUAGAUGGAUCUUAUGCCCUUUGCAUAUUGUUCGAUAGUAGCCUCGUGGUUGCAUUACCUGCAGGCGCCAGUUCACGGUUCGAAGUGGUCGCCUUUAUUCAUCUGUCAGAACUAAAGGUUGAAUCGUCCAGCGAUGGACGAGGUCUUCAGUGCCAUUCUGCUUUGUACACGUGGAAGGCCUGCUUCGAAAUCAAUGGCCACCUGCAUGAAUUCAUAUUCAGCGCAUGCUCUUCUACAGAGGAGGAAGUUUGGAAGAGAUACAUGCAAAUUACUACUGUCAAGCGAACAACAGAAUGUUUGCGUGAGAUACCCGGCAGCAUUGGUCUUGAUCUUAGAUCUACUGGGGCCGUGUACAGUGUGCAAGCCCCCGAUCUUUCCAGGAACCCAUCGGUGCAGAGAGCAGCGACAGUUGGCAAUCGAGCCAGUAUUUGCCAGGUGAUCAUACGAAACACGCACAACCCGCAUGAUUUUCAUGAGUUCCGACAGCCAACGGCGUCGGCGAUGAACAGAUCCCAGUCCCAUUUGACAUCGAAUCGGAUAGUGGUAUUGUCGCCGAAAAGAUCCGAGAGAGCAAGACUUGAAGCAACGCUGAGCGACGUGUGGACCAAGGAUAAACUGCCAUUUCCAGGAAUGAUCGGGUCUCGUGGUGGCCAGAUCAUCCGAGCCUCAGCAGGGACGUUGGUACGAAAAUUGAGUCUGGCAUCGAUCCAUGCCCCGUUCUCGAGACGUUCUGGUAGUCUGUCACUAUCCAGUCGGAAAUCGUACGACGGGUUGCCGGAGAGCCGGCGAAGUCGCACAAAGCAUUCUACCCCUGUCUUCGAGGUACGUAAGGAAAGUCUGGACGAGUGUAUACCGGUGAGGAAGAAGUCGCAUGACGUGCCAGAACUUGAUACAAUGGACAGUCUGAUCAGUCGCAUGAUCGGAAAUAACCAUGGCACAAAGCGCUUGUCCUUUUCUCAUACUGGAAACGGCAUCACAAGGAGCGGGACCAAGAGCAAACGCGGCCAGAGAGAAGUUGUGUCGGCCUUGAGACCCGACGAUCCAGCAGAAAUCUUCUACGCUGAAGAGAAGGGUUGCGAGGAAAAGCAAGAAAUAGUCGAGGACGGCUUGACCGGUCGCAAGAAGCGCUGGAGCAAUCCGCUUGGAAUUUUGAGAGGUUUAUCGGCUGAAGGUCUGCGACACAUGCUGUAUUCGAGUAGAUAGUCGUGGCCGCGAAGUCUAGGCGGUAUGUUUAUUAGUCAUUGUCCAUCACUCUGAGCAGUAUUAUCUUUGGGAGACGAACCAUAAGAAUAAGCAUGGUUAUUAUGCCUGAUAUUGAGUUGA